UAGUGAUCCACGUACUCACCCUUUUAUGUUCUGUUAGGUACAAUCCAAUACACCACCAUUAAUACCUCACCUCCCCUACCAACCACACCCCUGACUAUGAACAUAUAUAUUAAUGGGUACAACUUUCUGAGCCAAAAUUUGAUCUAUGAACAGAUAACAUCACAAACAUGGAACAAAGCAGGAUGGUAGGAGGGCCUGUCGAGCAAGAGAGCACAACUGAAAACACACAUGAGAAAAGAGCUGAUGAAGGCAAGAUUUCCGGGGAAUACAACCCAACCUCUGCUGGCUCCGGCACUAAAGAUGCUGCAAGGAAGGGAUCCCCAAAGGCAGAUUUGCAUGAAUUGUGCGCUCAGGAACACUGGAAGCAGCCUGUGUUCGAGUGCUGCAAUGAGGAAGGUCCUGAUCAUAAUAAACUGUUCACUUUCAAGGUUGUCGUUGAGACUGAAGAAGCAUCAAUGGCGGUCCUAGAGUGUUUCGGCAACCCCCGACCAAGUAAAAAAGCAGCAGCAGAGGAUGCCGCAGAAGGGGCACUCUGGUGCUUGAAACAUAUGGGUUAUCAGCUAAAGAAGCAGUGAAGCCAAAAAAGAUCCCUGAUUUCAUAUAUAAUGUUUUGCUGGUAGUAAUCAAAUAUUCAAAACUCACAGUUUGCUUAGCUCAGAUCAUUCAAGCCCACAUUAUUUUAUUUUUAAUUUAUUUCACAAGACUCGAGCAAUUAAAAGUGGCCCAA